AUGGUGAUGACGAGGUCACGAACAGAAGCGGGCGUAAGUUCUCGGACUCCUGUAGACCAGUCCGGGUAUCAGGACGAACGUUGGAGGAGAAUCAAGGUUCACCAAAAUGAGGACGUGUGGAUUCAGCAAAUGAAGAAGGUCCUAAAAGGGGACGUGUCAGACCUUCCACGGAACCAGGUCAAGAAGAUUGCGAAGGUCUCCGAUCAGUUUGUGCUGGAUUCGCGAGAAGUCCUCUACAGACUGAGUACGCCCACCCCGGAGAGACCUCGCAACAAACAGUCGGAGCUCAGGCUGGUAGUCCCGGAAACUUUACGUACUGACAUACUACACUAUUCACAUGAAGACUUUCAAGGUGGCCAUCAAGGAAUCAACAGGACGUUUGAGCGAUUACGUUCGGAGUUCUACUGGAUCGGGAUGUACGCUGAUGUACAGAAGUUCCUACCUGAGUCCGAUCGUGGAAAUACCUACUUGUUGCUGUUCCAAGAUCAAUUUUCAGGAUACGUCAUGUGUAAACCCAUGCGGAAUACCGAAGCCUAA